ACAAGGCAUACUAGUUUCAGUAGAAUUAAAAACUUCCUUACUCCAUUUACCAAAAUAAACAAAGCUAGAUAAUACGGAGUAGAAGAAACGCAGUCGAUCCCAGUGCAGCGUUGAUGGUACGCCUAGUAGGCGCCAAACUCCAUGGGCUUCAAGAAUUCUAGUAGCUUCAUUCGCAUGAAGAUCGGGCUCUGAGGUCAACACAGUAAAUUGAGAUAUUAUAUCUCCAUUUACUUCUCUCUUCAUUAGCUGGUAUUACUGAGUUCAUACAAUCCAUCAAUAGUUCUAGUACAGUAGUAUUUAUAAAUUUCUUCGCUGUUAUUUCCAUACAGGUUAUACGAGUUCUCCUUUCUGGGGGUUUUUAUUUUUUAAUAGGGUUGUAGUGUUUUCUGGAGAAAGUUGAUCCACACCCGAUUGAAUUGUCAAUUACUGUAUUGGGGGAUCCAUUUUCACCGACCUGCUUUGGGUGCUAUUGAGUAAAAGUUGAACAAUUUGCCAGCAUUCUUGGUUCUUGGUCCAGAAAGGGCUAUACUUUUCUUUGGACUAUCUAAAUAUUAAUGAGGGCAUCUCAUUUUUUCUGCUUUCCAACCAUUAUCUUCUUGUCCGGAACGUCAGAUGCUCUAAUUGAUAAAAAAAAAAGCUUAAGUAUAGUGUACGGUUGAAUAGGAUGACUGGAUGGUUGCCUUUUCCUCCCUUUGUUCUUUCUUUUUUCUUGGAAUUACAGUAAACUUGGUGGAACUCAUUUGAUUAAGAUCUUAAUAUGUCUUGGUAUUGGUUUGCAUUAUAUGGACUGAAAAAUCUAUUGGAGUGAAACAAACAGAAGUUUGAGAAAUCAAGGGGGAAAUGUCUUCAUCAAGAUCAGGCACAAACAGGACAAGUUCUGCUCGUUCGAGACAUGAUGCUCUUGUUGUUUCUCAGACACCAAUUGAUGCUAAGCUCCAUGUCGACUUUGAGGAGUCUGAGGAAAAAUUCGAUUAUACAACUUCAGUCAGUUUAUCAAAUCCUACCGAUAUCCCUACCUCAACGGUCUCUGCUUAUCUCCAGAAAAUUCAAAGAGGAGGUCUCAUACAACCAUUUGGCUGCUUAGUAGCCAUUGAUGAGAAGAACCUUGCUGUUAUAGGGUAUAGCGAAAAUACUCCAGAAUUGCUUGAUUUGGCACCAUGUACUGUUCCAAGCAUUGAACAGCAGGAGUGUCUGACCAUUGGCACUGACAUUAGGACUCUAUUUCUUUCAUCAGGGUCUGCUGCACUUCAAAAGGCAGCAAGCUUUGAGGAAGUCGGUUUGACCAAUCCGAUUCUGGUCUACUCGAGAAAUUCCAGGAAGCCCUUUUAUGCAAUCCUACAUCGGGUGGAUGUUGGCAUAGUUAUAGAUUUGGAGCCUGUGGAUCCCAAAGAUCUCCCCGUGACGGCCAUUGGAGCAUUGGAAUCAUAUAAAUUAGCAUCCAAAGCCAUUUCCAGGUUGCAAUUGUUGCCAAGUGGGGAUAUACAACUGCUGUGUGAUGUUCUUGUUAGGGAAAUGACGGAUUUAACAGGUUAUGACAGGGUCAUGGUUUAUAAAUUCCAUGAGGACGGCCAUGGGGAAGUUGUCUCAGAAUGCUGUAGCAAACCAGACCUUGAACCUUAUCUUGGGUUGCAUUACCCGUCCACUGAUAUACCGCAAGCUUCGAGAGUUAUUUUCAUGAAAAACAAGGUCAGAAUGAUAUGUGAUUGCUUAGCUCCAUCAGUUAAAGUGAUCCAAGACAAGAAGUUGGCUGAACCGUUAAGCUUGUGUGGGUCCACGUUAAGGGCUCCACAUGCUUGCCAUGCACAAUACAUGGCCAACAUGGGGUCUGUUGCAUCUUUAGCAAUGUCCGUAACGAUCAAUGAGGACAGUGACGAGCCAGGUUUUGAAGAUCAAGAAAAGGGAAGAAAACUUUGGGGAUUGGUGGUUUGCCAUCAUUCAACCCCACGGUUUGUCCCAUUCCCAUUGAGGUAUGCGUGUGAGUUUUUGGUCCAGGUUUUCAGUUCUCAGAUCAACAAGGAAGUGGAGUUGGUGGCGCGCCGUCAGGAAAAACAUAUCCUGCGAAUCCAAAUGGUACUUUGUGACAUGCUACUCAGAGAUUCCCCCAUUGGGAUUGUCACCAAGUCUCCUAAUAUUAUGGACCUUGUGAGAUGUGACGGGGCGGCUCUUUACUACAAGGGCAAAGUUUGGUUGCUUGGGUCCACCCCGACUGAGCCCGAAAUCUGUGACAUAGCCAACUGGCUACUUGACUCUCAUAGAGAGAGUACGGGGUUAAGCACUGAUAGUCUUGUGGAAGCUGGCUAUAACAAUGCCUCUACUCUCAGUGAUUCAGUCUGUGGAAUGGCUGCCGUUAAAAUAUCUUCUAAAGAUUUUCUCUUUUGGUUUAGAUCUCACACGGCAAAAGCAAUCAAAUGGGGUGGUGCGAAAAACAACCCCACGGAUAUGGAUGACGAGAGGAAAAUGCAUCCAAGAUCUUCCUUCAAGGCUUUCCUGGAGGUGGUUAAGAGGAGUCUACCAUGGGAAGAUAUGGAAAUGGAUGCGAUUCAUUCCUUGCAGCUAAUAUUAAGAGGGUCUUUGCAUGAAGAUGGUUCUAAGAUGAUUGUGAGUGUAUCUCCUGCUGCCGUGGACCUUACCAGUAUACAGAGGGUCCAUGAGCUUCAUUUCGUGACACAUGAAAUGGUCCGUCUUAUUGAGACUGCAUCUAUACCCAUUUUGGCUGUUGAUGCCUCCGGUUGUGUCAACGGGUGGAAUGUCAAAGUGGCCGAGCUUACUGGAUUGGUUGUAGGACAGGCUAUAGGUGUGCCCUUAGUUGAUCUGGUUCUCAAAGAGGCUGUUGGCACCGUUUCAAAUGCUCUCUCACUUGCUUUGCAAGGCAAAGAGGAAAAAAAUGUUGAAAUCAGACUAAAAAAGUUUGAUUCGCUAGAAAACGAUGAUCCUGUCAAUCUGGUAGCGAAUGCCUGUUCGAGCCGGGACACAAAAGGAGAUAUUAUUGGAGUGUGUUUUGUAGGACAAGAUGUAACUGGACAAAAGCUGAUUAUGGACAAAUAUAACCUUAUACAAGGUGAUUAUGUUCGGAUAUUACAUAGCCCUUCUCCGUUAAUCCCUCCAAUCUUUUUAAUGGACGAGUACGGAAGAUGCUUGGAAUGGAACGAUGCAAUGCAGAAGUUGACCGGAUUGAAAAGAGAAGAGGCCAUCGGUCAAAUGAUUCUUGGUGAAGUCUUCACAGUGAGCAGCUUCGGUUGUAGGGUCAAAGAUAACAGCACGUUGACAAAACUCAUGAUAUUACUGAACGGAGUAAUUUCUGGACAGGAUUUACAGGAAUUGAUAUUUGGGUUUUUUGAUGAGCAUAAUAAAUACAUCGAAGCUUUAAUAUCAGCUAAUAGAAGAGUUGAUGUGGCAGGGAGGAUUAGUGGGGUCCUUUGUUUUUUACACGUUCCCAGCCCAGAACUACAGCAUGCAAUUCAUGUGCAAAAACUGUGUGAGCAAGCAGCUGCAGAUGGCCUAAAAAAGUUGGCAUAUCUUCGUCAUGAAAUUAGAAAUCCAUUAAAUGGUAUAAAAUUCAUUCAGAAUAUGAUGAGAUCUUCUGACCUAAGCAAGGAUCAAUUUCUGCUUCUGAAGACUAGUAUGACGUGCCAAGAACAACUGGACAAGAUCAUUGAUGAUACCAAUAUUGAAAGUAUUGAGGAAUGCUAUAUGGAAAUGAACUGUUGCAAGUUCAAUCUUGGUGAGGCUAUGAAAGCUGUGGUAAAUCAAGCUAUGAUUCCAAGCAGGGAGUGGCAGGUGGAGGUCAUGUGUGAUUUUCCCAUUGAAGCAUCGUCCUUGUUCCUGUUUGGAGAUAAUUUGAGGAUUCAACAAGUGCUCUCUGACUUCUUGAUGGCCACUCUACUCUUCACACCCCAUUUUGAAGAUUCAUCUGUCUUGUUUAGAAUUAUUCCUACCAGGGAGCCUCUAGGAACCACAAUGCAUCUAGUGCAUCUCGAGUUUUGGAUGACACAUCCAGCCCCAGGUGUUCCAGAAGAGCUAAUCCAGGAAAUGUUCAAGAAAAGCGAAAGCAUGUCAAGGGAGGGUCUUGGUUUGUAUAUAAGCCAGAAACUUGUUCGAAUUAUGAAUGGCACUGUACAGUAUGUACGAGAGGCAGAGAGAUCUUCCUUCGUAAUCUUUGUAGAAUUUCCAGUAGCAUAACAAUCAGAAAAUUUCUAUUAUUAUUAAUACUAUUAUUAUUUUGGUGUGUUACGAUUUGUUUGAGAACUAGAAUGAACGUGAUAAAAAGAUGCAGGAAUGGGAUGAUUCAGAAGCAACACCUUUCGGUUGCUGUUAAUUAAACUUCUUCUGAGUGAUGAUUCAAAAGAGUUGAAAUAGCUAUAGCAAUGGGGGAUAAAGAAUCAGAUGUCUUAAAGGUAUGAUAUUAGACUAUGAGCCCGUUUGGUAGCGCAAAGUUGUGCUGAGUGUGCUUAAUUAUGAAAUAACUAUAUUAUAUAAAAUACUCUGUACAUUUCAAAGAGGGAAAAAUAAUUAAAAUACCCCAAACUUUGAAGGUGUGUGAGAUAAACACCCCAAACUUUCAUAUGUAAUUUAAAUACCCCAAACUUUAUAUAAAAAAUUAUUUUAGCACCAUGGUCAUAUAUUAUUUCUUUCAAAAAUGUAAAUUUAUGGUGACCAUUGCAUAAUUUAAAAUAGUAAAUUAAAAAUGAUGCAAUUAUAUAGAGUGGGUGUAGUAUUAUUUAUUUUACAAUGGAGGUUUAGAAUGUUAAUUGUAUCUUCAUGAAUGCAAAUAUUUUAAAUUAUGAAAUUAACACCAAAAAUUAAUAUUUUUGAAAGAAAUAAUACACGAAAAUGGUGCUAAAAUAACUUUUUAUAUAAAGUUCGGAGUAUUUAAAUUACAUAUGCAAGUUUGGGGUGCUGACCUCAUACCCCUUCAAAAUUGGGGUAUUUUAAUUAUUUUUCCCUUUUAAAGAAAAAAUUAUAUGGAAAAAGCUAGAAGAUUAUCCUCUUCAGCACAUCAAUCAUAAAAAUAUCUUAAGCCUUACUUUUCUUUAUUAUUUAACUCAGCACACAAAAUAAAAGUGUAGUGUUUGGUAAGAAAUCUGGCUAAUAAGGUUUAUAAGCCAAAUAAACAAGGUUACCAAACUGGCAUUAUAAGCACACUUUUUAUUCAUUGCUAUACUGCACAUAUUUUUACUGUAUGUAUAGUAGGUGUUACUUGGCUUCUACCCUGGCCAAUUGAACUGGCAUUGAGUUGAAUGAAGGAUACUUAUCUUAUCAACCAUGCUCUCUGUAAAGAUGAUAAUUUUUAUUUCAUCGGAAUUCUUCUCGUGCUUAUGGCUGGACUUGUGUGCUAUCUUCAGAUUUUAUUUACUCCGUAUAAAAAAACUAAGGUCAGAUACCGAUGUAACAUCGUGUGGAAACAUGCAUUUUAAGUGUCUUGAUAGUAUGUUAUCAAUGACAAUUAUUUUUACCCUUUGAGGUUUGGUCAUAAUUACAUAGUACUACCUUGAGUUCUUGAAAGCAAAAUAAUA